AAUACUCCGUAGCAAAAAAUUUGGAGAAAAAAACUGUUUAAUGGGCCACACGAAGCUCACCAAUCGUUUGCUUCUUCUCCUUCGCUCUCUCUUUAAAAAAAGGGGAGUGGUGACGGCGGCGGCCGGCCGAGGCCGGCGAGGCGUGUCUCGUCCGGCGUCUCCAAGUCCAAGCGCACAGCAGCAGCGGGAGUCGUCGUCCUAUGGCGGGGGAGCACCUCAGCGGCGCGCGGCGGAGGUGGCUCGUCGACGUCGCCCGCUGGCGCCCCUCCCCCGCGCAGUUCCAGGCUGCGGCCGCGCUCCUGCCGCCACACCACCGCGCCGCCAUUGACAGGUUUGUCAAGGAGGAAGACAGGAAACGGGCGCUCGUGAGCCAGCUGCUCCAGUACUCGCUUGUGCACCAUGUUCUUGGCAUCCCGUUCCACCAAAUAGACAUAUGCCGCACAGUCGAAGGGAAACCGUAUCUGAAUAGAACUCUGAACUUCAGAAACUUCAACUUCAACACGUCGCAUCAGGGUGAAUACGUCGGCAUAGCGUCUGAGCUGCUUUGCCUUGUUGGCCUUGAUAUCGUGUGCAUCUCUAAGCCUCAGGGAGAAACCGCCUUGGAGUUCAUCAACAACUUCGCGUCUUACCUUACAGACCAUGAGUGGAACUGUGUCGUCUGCGAUAACAGUCCCGAUGAGAUGUUAACAGAGUUCUACAGGUACUGGUGUCUCAAAGAAGCAUUUGUUAAAGCUAUAGGCGCUGGGGUUGGAUUUGGCUUGCAGCGCUUGGAAUUCCAUCAUGUUCACUGGGUUAACAUCUCUGUCCACAUUGAUGGUGUAGAGUCUAGCAACUGGAGAUUCUGGCUUUUCAAGCUUGACGAAGUGCAUUUGGCAUCCAUAGCAAGAGGGCAUCCGGAGGAUGCUGUAAACAGCUACAAGAGAACAUUGUCCAAUUUGGUCAUUGAGGAGCGAGAAUUUCAUGAUGCACUGGAGAUGCCAGAAGGAGCUUUCAUUCUACAGACAGUGGAACAGCUUACACAGUUACUACAAGAUUAGGUGACCAGUGCAGUAAAACUGUAAAAUUUUACUCUACUGUAGUGCAGAUAUAAGCUUCAGGUUUUAGAUUUUGCAGUCAUAUACUACUGCUAGAUUAAUCGAGAAAUGACAUAUUUGCAAGAAAAUGGCAAAUUCGUGGUUUAAGUCAAGAGAUUAUAUGUAUUUUCUGGAAACUAGGUGAAUGCCUACUGAAUAUAACUGAAUCUUUUAAUUGGGACAAGGGAUGCAUGAUUUAUGCCC